GGUGGCCACGAUUCCGUUCUUGAAUUGGCGAUAUGCAAACGAGGCGGGUUCGCCUUCAGACGAGAAAACGAAUCGGACCCCCUGCCUUAUCCCUUCGUAGGGUUUUUCUUUCGACCAAACCUGGCAGGAUCGGUAGAUAUUAAGCGGCAGAGCCAGGAUCGGACCGGGGUGGGGGCAUGGGAAACAACCACUCAGCGUCCACCUCUGGCACCCACCUCCAGAAUGAAAAGUGUCUCUCUGUGUGCGGCGUUACAGAGGAUGGUGAUGGAGGUUUCCCUUGCUAAAAAGGUGGAGGCGGAGUGCGGGGCUGAGGGGGGAAAGUUGAGGGUGGUUCAUUUCUCCAUCUCUCACCCCUUCGCCCUCCCUUCCUCGCCCCCACCCACCAUCACCACCGCCCUCCCGCGGGGCUUACUUGCAUCUUCGCCUGGGGAGCGCAGGUGGCGAGGGGCGAUUACGCGCGGGCCGGCGUCGCCGCGGGGCUUCCUGCUUGCCCCGCCCGGCCCUCCAGGAAAACAAGCCCGCCCACCCGGGAGCGGCCAGGCGAGGACCCGGCUCUCCUUUCCCCGAAAGCAGCAAAGACAAGGCGGUAGCUGCCGCCACUACUUACGUUGCUGCCAAGAUCCUGGAGCGCUACGUUCAUGCUGGCGAUGGGGACCCGGCGGGCGCCGCCGCCUCCUAGCGCCGGACCCAGCCACGGGCGAGCCGGCCAGGAGCUGGAAUAGGAACGGCGGGGUCCUCCGCCUCGUGGGCCAUGCCGAGCUGCUCCACCAGGGGGGAUGCGAGCCACCGUUGGGCGGGCCGGGCCCUUCAGUCCCUCCCUGCCCAGCGCGCCACGAGGAGAGGAGGCGCGCAGUGAGCGCACGCGGAGAGUUGCUAUGGCGAGCCGACCAUCGCAGCAGCAGCCGUCGGGCCCGCAGCGCAAGCGGCGCGCUCAGCUCCUCCCAGCGCAAGGCAGACGCCGGGCCUUGCAGUGCCGCCGGCGGCAGAGAAGGUCAGCGAGCGCGGGCUCUGCCGCGAGGACCGAGUGGGUGGGCGAGCGGUGUUGCUCCGGCGCGCUCCCUCAUCUCUCCAUCUUUACGCACGGGCACACCCAGGCGUUAAUGUGCGUUGGAUCAGCAAACCAGGAUCGAGUGGUGGAGAACAUGACCGUGGAAGGUACUUUGAGGCAAAAUGGUAGUGAAAUUAUAGAAGCAGGGGACUGGGGAGGUGUAUGUGGAAAAGUAAAGGCAUUAGGCUUUAGAAAUGCUUUUCUUUUUUUGCAAACCAGUAGGUAGGAUGUUUAUUAAAUUAUACACAUAUAAUUCAGAUUUUACUGAGCUACGCCAUUUGGGGGGGGGAGGGAGAAGUUGCAUAUUUUAAUGCUCUGCAGUAUAUAAAACCUUGUGCACCUACAAAGGAGCAUGUCAGAGAGAAAAGUCCUAGUCUAGCAUUCUCACUGACAUAAUCACUCUGGCAUGCAAAAUGCCACUGCAGAUGUUAGUGGGCUUCAGAUGCUGCCAUCGCCAGCCAGCAUGGUCAAUAAUUAGGGGAACUAGGAGAUGAAGUCUAGCAAAUCUGAAGGGCCAUAGGUGCACCAGCCUGGCUUUAUAAAUAAGCCUCUUUCCUGAUAAAAAUUGGCUAUCAGAGCCCGUAUGGAAUAUAUUACCUCCCCCACCCCAACCAAGGCCAUAGAAAGCAUUCUGACUCCUGAUGCUGAUUAUAGACCAGGGCUAGGGAACCUCUGGCCCUCCAGAUGUUGCUCCAUCAUCCUCAGCUGGUCUGGCCAAUGGGACUCAGGGCUGAUGGGAGUUGUAUUCCAACAAUGCCUGGCCAACAGACCUGGCCUACAGGAUCCUGCCUUGGAGCAUUUAAAGGCACCAGGACGAUUAACAAUGGAGCGGUCAAGGAGAAGAUGUGAAUGGCCUUUGUCAGAUCAAGGCCAGGAAAGUAAGCGUUUGCCAGAUCUAUUUCAUGAGUCCAUCAAUACAAGCUGCCAAGGCUGGGGUGACAGCCAAUUAAUAAGUGCAGCAGAGCCAGACAGCCGAGCCAGCAGCAGAAAAAGGAUGCCAGUGCUAUGUAACAGUGUCUCGGGAAGCCAAGUCAAAAGUAAGGGCUUGCAAGGGAGGAGCUUGGGGAAACCAACUCCAGAAAGCAGGAGUUUGGGGUCAAAGAGUCAUAGGAUGGUGGACACAGAGGGAUUAAAAAGCAGACAGGGAGAUUUGAACUUGAAUAUAUAGAAGGUGAAUCCUGGGAUUCUUGGGGAGUAGCCUUGGGGAAUCUGCUUUGCUUUUGCCUGCCUGAAAUGUGUCAUUGAACUCUGAUGCCUCUUGCAUAUUUCAACCAUGUCUUCGUGCACCAUCCAGAUUUUCCUGAAAAGUUUCUGUGGGAAGAUUAAACUUGGCUGUCCAAAGUGGGAACUUAACGCACACCAGUAGCUUCUCAUGUACAAUGGUUCCCAGACACUUCAAUAUCAAUAACAGCUCUGUUUUAGGAGGAACACUCUGGGGGUCGAUGCUGCCCCGACCCCAAAGCAUCUGCCACCUCUGGCAGGUACU